AACUUCUGAAAUCUUUUGAAUGAAGUCUUUAAACUCAUUGCUUGGAAUAAUUUGAUGAAGUCUUAGUUCUCCUUUGAAUCCCAUUGUAAUCAGUUAAAAUCUUGGUGUAUAAAGAUUCGAAAGAGUAUGUUUCCCGUUUGUCCAUGAAAGAUACGAAGAAGAUCAGUUACCGAAAAAUAUUCGAACAGAUCAAGAUUUCGUUGGCCAAUGAUUCUAAAUGCAUUACAGUGGAUGUAUCAGAAAGGUAUUUACCGAUGAAAAUCUAGGUGAUACAAACAUCAAGAUCGAUCGAAUGAAUUGACUAAUUGACGAUUUAACAGUAAUCCGCAUCUUUCUAUUGUCUUUCACUGUAGCAUUUAAAUGACUCAGUGACGCUGCCCAAACACGCCUCUAAUGAAAAAGACAUCCAACGAAUGAAGGACACAAACCAACAAACGAAAUAUAUGUUGACCUUGACCUGAAGAAUGAUUGUCGUAGUGAACUAGAUAGAGGAUAUAUUUCUCGCUCGAUUCUGUAUCUACUUCAGGUACAGGAGAUGUACAGUCAGAGAAGAGCAAUGAGAGAUGCAGAGAAAUGUGAAGAGAUCAAUACAUAGGAGUAUAGGACUACUAUAUUUGUGAAAUGAAGAGAAGAAUUUUUUCCUUUGCUUAGUUUUAUACAAAAUAAGAUUACAGACAAUUCGAUGUUCUUACAACUAGGGAACUUCUCCAAAUUCUUUUGAAAUAUAUUGAGUUUACUGGUUUUUAAGAUCCUUUUAUGUCAUACAUGCUUCAGGUUUGUUUAAAAGACAUUAUCAAUACAACGGAGAUUAUCCUGCUGUAUGAAUAUGAAGCCUCUGCAAACAAUUAUCUGUAAUUUGAUCGACCUUUUCUCAACAAUCAUUUGACGAAAAGAAAGAACGGUGGUCAACCAAUGUUUUGUUUGAUGUCUAGAAUAACUCAUGCAAUAUAUCGAUUUUUAUAGAACUAACAAGAACGAAAAUUAACUACUUAACUACAUGUAAAACAAUGAAACUAUAGAAGAAUGCAUCGACGACGAAACGAGUAUCCGAUAUACCAGCGACGAUUAGUCCAAUGUUCGAGUGUAUAUCUUCCUAUAUCGAGCUUAUCAAUACUCAUCGAUUGUUCAAUGAUUGCAUGAAUUUCGUGUCGAGUCAUGAUAAACAGUAAAGCUUGAACAUCUACUAUACUAAUCGUUGAAAAAAAUUUAAUAAUCUUAAUAUUGUCGUCGUAGCAUAAUCGUAGAUAAUUGUCGAAGUCGUCGUGAACAAGAUUUGUUUCUAUUUGAUCCUUAGAAAGUGGACAUUGAAUAGGAAAAAGCAAGUAUUUUUUUUUCAUUUAUACAAAAUAAAAUGUUCGGUUUUUUAAUUUCAAUACAUCUCAUCAAGUAUUUUAUUUUAUAGCUGUUUAUUUUGAACCAAAAACAAUAAGAGGAUUGUAUAAAAAGAAUGUGAACAAGCUAUAGAUAAUGGAUGCGAAAAUAAAGCUGAUUAUAAAUGAAUUGCUAAGUAAGAAUUAAAGAAAUGUGAAGAACAUUAUUUGUGUAGUAUUUCAUUCGCAAAGCUUAUACUCGUAUAGGAAAUGUAAAAGUACAACAAAAAACUAUCAAGAAGCUAUUAAAUAUUUGAAUCGAUCAUUUGUGAAACAUCGAAAUACGGAUAUAAUAAAAAGAAAAGAAGAAAUUGAAAAGAUUCUUAAAGAAAAAGAACGGCUAGUUUAUAUAAAUCCGGAAUUAACUGAACAAGAAAAGACUAAAGGAAAUGAAUUUUUUCAAAAAGCUGGUUAUUCAAAUGCACUUAAACAUUAUGCGUAAAGUCAACUGUUUUUUGAUAUCUAUUUCACAUAGAAUCUCUUCAAUUGCUCGUAUGUUGUAGUGAAACUAUUAAACGAAAUCCAUCAGACGUAAGACUUUAUUCGAAUCGAACAGCUUGUUUUAUAAAACUAUUGAAAUUCUAAUUAACAUUGAAAGACAUUGAAGAAGAAAUUAGAAUUGAUCCAACAUUUGGCAAGUUUUCACGGCAUGAACGAAUCAUUAGCUAAACAAUUUGAUUUUAUAGCUGAACGUUACCUUCAUAAGGUCAUACUUUAAUGAGCAUGAAAGAUUUCUCUCAGGUUAUGGUUGCAUUUAAUACAGUCCUUCAAAUUCAGCCAAAUAAUCAGAUAAAGAAAAAAAAACAAAAAUAAAUUUUAUUUUGAUCAUAUAUAUAUAAACAAAAUAUGUUUAGGAAACAAUGGAAGGUUAUCAGCAAUGUGCAGUGAGAUUAAGUGAUGAUCCUGAAGAAAUCUGUAAACGUGCACUUGCUGAUUCUGGAAUUCAACAAAUUCUUGAUGAUCCAGGUAUGUAUUUAAUACUUGACUAA